AUGGUUAAGGUCAAUGAGACAGAUGUAGGAGGAGGGCCAGAAGAUAUGUCCCUUACUUAUGAAAAAUUCAUUAAUGACAUCUUAAUUAAUACACAUUAUGUUGAGGAUAAGAUGACUGAGAAUGAGGAGAAAGAGACCGAGGUUGAGGAGAAGGAGAAUGAAUUAUGGACAUGGAGAUGGAUCCUGAGCUCGAGGGUAAAGAAAGCUGAGGUUAAGGUCAUAGAGAAUGAGGUUGAGGACAAUAAUGAUGAUGUGGGCAUGAUAAGAGACAUGGUUGAAUCUGGAUAUGCACAAGCUAAAAUUAAUUUAACCAUGCAAAAGGUGAGAAGGGAGAGACAGAAGAUGAGGCCUAAACAUGACCCUGUUUCAUUGUUGAAAAGGAGGAAACCUUCUAAAAGAAUCCUAAAGUUAAAGAUAAGCAAGAGUGAAAUUAGCAUGCAUGCAUAUUGUAGGGGUAAAUGGGCACUAGUAUUUAUUAUGCCCAUUUCGUAA